AUGCAUCACCCCUCGUGGAUAUUACCCUGGGGAGUCCCAUUACAGAAAAUGGUUGCGGUACCCAUGCAUCCAGCCGUAAGCCCUCAUCAUCCGGGGCUUCAAUUACAACAUCAUCCGGCUGCUCCGGCUGCUGUACACGUUACCGCUCCCGUCAUCGGUUUACCUCCACCGCAUCUCGGUGCGAUUCGGUCAUUUGUCGCGGCUCAACAAUCACCACAAAGAAGUAGAAAGAAUCCUUUUGGAUUUGAAUGA